AUGGAACGCGGAAGUCCUGACUGACAUAAAUAAAUGCAGGGAAAACAAAUCUGGACUUAGCACACGCGAGGUGAUUUGGCACGACCGCAAACUUCUUUAGUGCUUUUUAUCUGCCCGCCAUCCCAGACCUCCCCCCUUCAGACGGCUCCCAAUGUUGAUUGGAAGCUACCGAAGCCGCUAAACCAUGAGUGAGAAGAAAAACUGGGUGACUCGUUGGGAUGAGGUACCCCAGAGGGAAGAGGUGAAACUUGACGACAAACCAUGGUUUCACGGAAAGAUUUCAAGAGAAGAAGCUGAAAGAUUAAUGGAGCCGUGGAGGAAUGGUACGUUCCUGGUGCGUGAGAGUACACACUACGUCGGUGACUACACCCUGUGUGUCUGCAUCGAUUCCAGGGUGGAGCAUUAUCGGAUUAUUCUCGAUCACAGAAAACUCACCAUCGACGAGGAGGAAUACUUCACCUCCCUGCCGGAACUAGUUUCACAUUAUUCGGAGGAUGCUGAUGGCCUCGUCAGUCGUCUCAUUACACCGGUGGUCAGUCAGAAAAGGGAUGGAGGGUACUCUUCGCAAUUUGAAAAAGCUGGCUGGUCCAUCGAGAGAAAUCAAAUUAUAGCUGGAAGAGUGAUUGGUCGAGGAAACUUUGGAGAGGUUAGGAAAGGGAGUUACCAAGGGCAAGAUGUUGCCAUCAAGGUGAUGAAAGACGACAAGCUUCAGAGCCAGAGCUUUCUUGCAGAGGCGUCAAUUAUGACGCAGUUAAGACAUCCCAACUUGGUGCAGCUAAUUGGUGUGUCAUCAGGAGCUUCUCUAUGGAUAUUACUGGAGUUUAUGUCAAAGGGUAAUCUACUAGACUACCUGAGAUCAAGAGGUAGAUCCGUCAUCAGACAGAUCGACCAAAUUAAAUUCUCCAUAAACAUAGCAAGUGGCAUGAUGUACCUGGAGGAGAAGAAGUUUGUCCACCGAGACCUCGCUGCCCGAAAUAUCCUCGUCUCCGACGAAGACAUCGCCAAAGUAUCUGACUUCGGUCUGGCUCAGCACGAUCGGGAUCUUGUCGAGAAAUCCAAGAUCCCAGUCAAGUGGACGGCACCAGAGGCUGUCAGAAAUAAACAUUACUCCACCAAGUCUGAUGUGUGGAGCUACGGUAUUCUUUUGUGGGAGCUGUACUCAUUUGGGAGAGUUCCAUACCCACGGGUGCCCGCUGAUAACGUCAUAGUUUUUGUGGAGGACGGCAGCAGAAUGCAACCCCCGGAUGACUGUCCAGACAGUGUCUUUGACGUCAUGCUCAAAUGCUGGGAGCUGAACCCGACGAAACGGCCUACUUUCUCGUCCAUUCAGCGGAGGUUAGAAGACUUGAAGCGGCAACUAUUGACUGAUACAAAGAAGAUGGAAACAGAUUUCUAGUGUCGGACAACUUUGGAAGCUUCACUCUGAUAUUUUGCAGACUUGAGUGUUGUUUACACGGAGAUGCAAGGGAAUAUAUUUGAGUUUUUCGGGGGAUUACUACUUAGAACAUGGUGCCGAGCACUCAUAAUGGCCGAUGAAAACAACAUUUUUGAUCGGCGUUCAAAGGUUCAUUAUUUCGAUAUAUUUUUUUUUAACCCUUAAUUAAACUACGCACUUAAAGGCAGUGGACACUAUUGGUAAUUACUCAAAA